AUCAAUUUCUUGACACUUGAAAUUAAAUGAAAUAAAAAAUAAAGAGUGUAAAUUAUAGCACUAUAACCAAGGUAUUAAUUAGUAUUAAGUGAAGUGUUUCUUAUCUACUUUGACAUUUUAAUUAAGACGUACCUAAGCCAAUGACUUUGACACUUAAAUAGCUAAUAAAAUGAAAAUAAUUGGGGGCGUGUAAUGUGCUAAUCAAGUCGAGUCCCUAUUCGUUGUACCCUGUUUGAAGUGUGACUAAAUCUACUUUAAUAACACACAUAACAUAACAUAAUCUCCUUUUCACAUUACUAAUUAUAAUAAUAAUAAUAAUAAUGUGGGAACGAGAGUUUUGUAAGCUUGUGUAGUCUCUCUCUCCUUGGACAAGACCCUAAUAAAGAGAGGAAGGGAUGUUUGGUUUUGGGGUAGUGUGCUCUUAAAAAAAAAAGGCUUAUGUGUAAUUUGGUGAGUGUGAGAGAGAGUGAGUAUCUUUAGGGAGGUCAGCAAAGCGUGCUUUGCUUCCUGAGCUGAGCAAACCUAAAAACGUUUUUCUAAAAGGCUCACAGAUAGAAGAGAAGAGGCAAUGGUUGCGUGUUUUUGUGAUUUAAGUGCGUUCCUGUUUUGGGCUUCUUAGGGUAGAAGGGAAUCUCUCUAGUUUUGUCAUUUUUAUUUAUUUUUUUAUUCUCUUGCCCCUUAAUUAAUUAUAUAUUACAUAAAAAAAAGAAAAAAGAAACAACAUUCGGUCUUUACUCUUUAACCUUGUUCCUUCCUCCUCUCGUCCUCUCAUUUCAUUAUUCAUUCACAUCCCAAAAGGAGAAGAAAGAAAGUUAGCAAAGCCCACUCACUAAGCGUGCUCAAAUAUUUUGUAGAAAAGGGCUUUUAGGACAUCAAUACCAGUACCAGCCCCCCACUUUUGCUUUUUUUGAUUUCAUUAUUUGCUUAUUAUAUUUUGGUUUUUCUUAAUAUUUCAUAAUAUACCUCUUGGUGGGGUUUCUUUUAGGGGAGUCUUAUUAAUAAUUAUAUGGUCUUUGGAGAGUGAGUGUGUUUGUGUGUUGGUUUUACAGAUUUUCAUGGGUUGAGGUUUGAGAAACUCUGUCUUUGUUUCCUUAACCACCUUUUCGUCCUCUAUUCUCCUUUAUAUUAAACUUAUUAAAUUUGGUUUUCAAAAUGUUUAGCUUUGCACUUGGUUGAGGAUCUGAAAUAAAGUGAACUUCCUCGAUUUGCUUGCUUUGAUUUUUUAAGUGUACAAAGAGAAAAAGGUUGAAGAAGAAAGGAAAGUAGUGCUGAUUCAUCAUCUGGGUUAUUUCAAAAAAUUGACGUUGUAUUGAUUAUAUUGACAUGGAAGGAAACUCAAGAAGAGAAGAAAAUUGUCCUCAGUUACUAGAUUUGAUUCCUCAAAACAGAGAGUGGUUCAUGAACAAAGAAAAAGAGAAGAGAAGCCAUGGCACAUCAGAUGAGAAAAAGUUAGAGCUUAGGCUUGGUCCACCAGGUCAAGACUGGCCACUGAAAGAUAACAGAGAAAGAGAUGAGUCUCUCCUUUCUCUUGGUUAUUUCAUUCAAAACACUAAUACCAUCAUCAACAACAACAACAAGAGUAGUGGUAACCAUAACCAAAACCACAAGUUUACUUCCUCAGAGAACGGAGGAGUUGGGAAUGUUCUAUCCUCUUCCCCAUGGCCUUCUUCUACUCCUUCCUCUUCAGGUUACCAAGGAAAAGCUCCAACGUCAUUUCUUCCAAGCUUGCCUGUUAUAGCAAAGGAAGCCUCACAGCCCUGUUGCCCUAAAACAGUAGUAGAGUUGCAGAAGGCAGAGAAAAAAGCAUUUUCACCAGCUACUAUUCCUGCAAAUACAGCUGUUACCAACAGCUCUCAGAAAAGAACUGCUCCUGCUCCAGUUGUUGGGUGGCCCCCAAUUCGUUCAUUCAGGAAGAAUCUUGCUAGUAAUAGCUCUUCUUCAAAACCCACAACAGAAUCGCAAAAUCCUGACCAGAACAAGAAGAUUCAUGGUGCAAAACCAGUGGAGACCCCGGGAAAAGGUCUAUUUGUGAAGAUCAACAUGGAUGGUGUCCCUAUUGGAAGGAAAGUGGACCUCAAAGCCUAUGACAGCUAUAAUAAGCUCUCUUCUGCUGUUGAUGAACUCUUCAGGGGACUACUUGCAGCUCAAAGAGAUUCCUCUACUGCUGGUGGAAUUCAAAACAAUCAAGAUGAAGGGAAAGCGAUUACUGGAUUACUGGAUGGAAGUGGAGAAUAUACACUUGUUUAUGAAGAUAAUGAAGGAGACAGAAUGCUUGUUGGGGAUGUCCCAUGGAACAUGUUUGUGUCUACAGUAAAAAGGCUGCGAGUUUUAAAGAGCUCUGAACUUUCUGCACUUAGUCUCGUUAAUAAUAAGCAAGACCAGAUGCGAGUUGACUCUUCAUUGAAGUGAAGAAUGAAAGAAAUGUUAUCUGAAGAAAAAAGUAAAUUUCCACUACAGUUUGGAAGAGAAUUUGUAUUAAUUAUUUGACUUUUUGUUUUCAUGUUUUUCUAUGAUCAAGGAAGUAAAAAAAAAGUGUUAGCCUAAGAACCAUGUAAUGAUGUUUCACGGAUUUGGUUUUUUUUUGCUGAAAAUGCUGUUAAUUCCAACUCGGCUCUUGUAGAAAAAUGCUAUAGCCACCCCAAUAUAUGUUUGUGAAUUUUGACACUGCUUCUAGUUUAUACAUUUUUGUUUGGCUCAAA